CAAACCAUGGCAUCCAGACGAGCUGUCGUAAACCUCGUACAUGCCCCUACGCCCUCGGCAAGGAUCGCAGCUCCGGCGCGCAUCCAGGCCGCGGCGCAGCUUUCGUUGCGACGAUUCCACCACCACGCCCAAUUCAAGAGGGUGCGGGUGCCCCAGCAGUCCUCUACGUUCUGCACCAGCCAGACAUCUCCGCCGCUCCGCAAGUCCAACGCCGCCCGCCAAUUGGCGCCGACGAGGAGGGCCUAUUCCGCCGAUGCCGAGGGCAAGCCGCCCAAGAUCUGGGACUUUGAGGCCGUCCAGAAGGUCACAAACAGCCCCAACCGCUCGACAGUCAUCAUCGACGUCCGCGAACCGCACGAGCUGGAGCAGACGGGGCGCAUCCCGGGCGCGCUCAACAUCCCCGUGACGUCGGCGCCGGACAGCUUCCACAUCCCCGCCGACGAGUUCGAGGACCGGUUCGGCUACCCGCGGCCGCCGCCCGACGCCGAGGUGGUCUUCUACUGCCGCUCCGGCGUGCGCAGCCGCGCGGCCGCGGGCCUGGCCAAGGAGGCCGGCUGGACCAACGUCGGCGAGUACCCCGGCAGCUGGCUGGACUGGUCCGAGCGGGGGGGUAAGGUGGAGCGGUAA